UUACGAGUAUUCAAGAAGAUUCUGCGGCCAAACCCUAGCUACCUCUUCCUUAAUCCCUAAUCUCUAUUUCUCUCUCUCUCUUUUUCUCUGCAAAACAAAAAUGUCUCACUUCGGACGUUCGGGUCCCCCAGACAUUUCCGACACUUACUCUCUUCUCGUUCUGAACAUCACCUUCCGUACCACCGCCGACGACCUAUUCCCUCUCUUCGACAAGUAUGGGAAGGUCGUCGACAUCUUCAUCCCCAAGGAUCGAAGGACUGGUGAAUCGAGGGGUUUUGCGUUCGUGCGUUACAAGUAUGCUGAUGAGGCUCAGAAGGCCGUUGAGAGGCUCGACGGGAGAAUGGUUGAUGGUCGCGAAAUAACGGUCCAGUUUGCGAAAUAUGGGCCUAAUGCUGAAAGGAUUUUUUCAAAUUGCAGUCACAAAGGAAGGAUUAUUGAAACAUCCCCAAGAUCAAGGCGAUCAAGGAGCCGUAGCCCAAGGAAAAGGCAUCGUGAUGAUUACAGAGACAGAGAUUAUAGGAGAAGAAGUCGCAGCAGAAGUUAUGAUAGGUAUGAACGUGACAGGCAUCGUGGGAGAGACAAAGAUUAUCGUCGCAGAAGUAGGAGCCGUAGUGCCAGUCUUGAUUACAAGGGUCGUGGUAGAGGACGCUAUGAUGAUGAGCGUAAUAGUAGAAGCCGGAGCAGAUCAGUUGAUAGCCGCUCCCCUGCACGACGCAGUCCUAGUCCUCGAAGGAGUCCCUCCCCUCAGAGGAGCACUUCCCCUCAAAGGAGUACUUCCCCUAGGAAGAGUCCACGGGGUGAAAGUCCUGCAAAUCGUAGCCGUGAGGAACGUUCCCCUACCCCUCGCAGUGUCUCACCACGCGGUCGCCCUGAUGCUUCACGAAGUCCUUCCCCUCGAAAUUCAAACGGGGAUGAAUAAGCUAUGUUUUUCAUGAAAAAUUCUGGAGACGUCGGACUAUUGCACCUGUAGCUGUUUUGCCAUUGUUGGAUCUUUUAGUCUAUGUGAAUGGUCUUAUCAGAGUCAUUGAAGAAUUUUAUGAUCUAAGUGCUAUUUGUUAUGAUCGGGAAAAGUGAUGAGGGCAUGAUAGCCGCAUGUUGACUUUGUUGCUGUUGAUGCUGUUUCUAUUCAUUGAUGAUUGGUCGUGAAUUUGAUGCUGGUUGCAAGAGUACGCUGGUUUUAGAACUGAUUGUUUUACCAGUGUGCUGAUUAGACAGACAAUUAGUUGAGUUGGUUUUUUUCCUGAAUGAUCUGAUCAUUGGUAAGCUCUUUUGGUUUACAUUCUUGUUUCUUCUGAGAUCCCUCAUAACCAUUGAGAUUUCUGAUCUUUGAUCUCAUAUCCGUGUUUGGUUUUCAUCGGAAAAGUGUUCUGAAAAGGAUUCUUGAUGCUGUGAUGAACACGAGUGACCAUAUUUUGUCAUGUAGCUGAUGCCUCCUAGGAGUUGGACCUGUCAUUUGUUGAUUCAGAUGCAGAUACUAAACAUAAAACUGUGGGUAUUAAAUAUGAACUUUAAUGUGCUGGUGUUUAUUUCGAAUCACAGUGAAGGGGACAAUGGUAACACCAUGGUUUAUUUUUUAGGGUAUUUUAAUCAAUAUUUUAUUCAAGAUUAUAACAUCUGCUACUUAACGUAGUGAGAUAUGUUUGUUGUAGCACACUGCUCCAUGACACUGUAGCUGUGAGGUGGUAGCUGAUGCAUCUUUAAUAUGAAAUGCAUGUGUUCGUGAAUAAUUUGAAGCACUAACCAAUUACUGUAGCUGACUGUUGCUGCCCUUUAUGCUGGAAUCGGGUUGGCAAUGGUAUCAGCGGUUGAUACUGAUGAUGGCUGUCUAGCUGUGCUGCUGGUUUCUGUUGAUUCCAAAGCCACUUGACAAUUGUUUUUUCAUUAUUUGACUGGUGAUUUGUUUUUGUAGUCUCAAUUUCAGUUAUUCAUUCAUUCUUAUGGCAAAACGAUAUAUAACUAGUGGCAAUCUUUUGUUGCUUUGAUAUUUGUGAUAACUAUUGCAGCAUUGUGUUGUGUUUACUGUUUUGCUACUGAAAUAACCAAUGUGUUUUAGA